UUCGCUAUUAAGGGAGAGAGGAGAGAAGGUAAUUUUGAGAGAAACUCCUCAUUUUACUAAAUACAUCAGUUUGGGAAGUCAGAGAUGGAGCAGCAGGAGAUGGGGAAACCAGCCAAACCAAAAGCCAAGAAAGACGUUGGUCCAGGGAGGUCGAUAGACACCUAUGCUGCCCAAUGCGAAAAGUGUCACAAGUGGAGGGUGAUUGAUGGUCAAGACGAGUACGAGGAUAUCAGAAGCAAAAUGCUGGAGGACCCUUUCAACUGUCAGAAGAAACAGGGCCUCUCUUGUGAAGAGCCUGCAGAUAUUGACUACGAUUCCUCACGCACUUGGGUCAUCGACAAGCCCGGUGUCCCCAAAACCCCCAAAGGUUUCAAGAGGAGCUUGGUUCUCAGAAAAGAUUACUCUAAGAUGGAUACCUACUACAUCACUCCUACCGGGAAGAAGCUCAGGAGUCGCAAUGAAAUUGCAGCCUUCGUCGAAGCCUAUCCGGAAUUCAAUAACGCACCUCUCGGAGACUUCAAUUUCACUGUCCCAAAGGUCAUGGAAGACACUCUUCCUCCUGAUCCUAGGCUUGCUUCUCCUUUUGCUACCUCUACUUCCACCUCUGCGAGGAGCUCUUUAACGCAGACCCAAGACUAGCGGGUUUCCCUAUUUGUUCCCUUUUUCUUCUCAUCCCUCAAACAAUGCUUUUUCGGAGUUUGUGUACAUUUGAUGAUGUUCUCUAAAACUAUUAAGCUCUGCUUUAACUGGGGGGAACUCGAUUCCAAAACUUAAAAAGUUUAUAAACUAUUAUUUUAAUC